CCAUAACACAAAAAGAAGCAAUGGCUACUAAAUCUACUUCGAAGCCUCUUCUGCUCUCAUUUCUAAUGAUGUCAUAUCUCAUAUCGACCUUUCAUGUCAUCACUGUCGCCGAGGGAAGGACUCUCCAGUUCACGAAGAUGGCUACGGAUCAUUCCGGCGCCGGAAACUUGAUGGACUGUUGGAACGCGGGGUUGGAGCUUAAGUCAUGCACCGAUGAGAUUGUCAAGUUUUUCCUUAGUCAAACCGGUACGAGUGAACCGCCGGUUAAAGGUGGAAUUGACAAAGAUUGUUGUGGAGCCAUUGGGUUGGUUGUGAAAGAUUGUUGGUCCGUUAUGUUUACUUCUUUAGGGCUUACGACUAUGGAAGGGAAUAACUUGAGAGAGUAUUGUGAGUUUCAAGCUGAGAAGUCGGAAUUAUCUCCUUCACCGGCGCCGGAAACUUUGGCUUUGUCUCCGGUUGAGAUAACGUAUCCCGGACUUGAUUAUUGAUAGCUUUCCCUUUAUAUUUUAAGUUAAAUAAAAGUUACCAG